AUGAUUAAUAGUCUGUACGUUAUUAACUUACUUGGCAUACUUGAACCCAUAAUAUUAAUCAACAGCAUUGAUAACGCUACCGCUCGGGACCGCGUAUUCCAAUCGCGCCAGAUUUCUAUUGACCUAUCUACGCUCUGCAACCGCUGGGGUUGGCUACCCACUGCAGUACGUCGUGAGAUACAAAAUCUAGAGUGGGACAAACCCAAUUUGUCCGCAUCAUCGGUCCAUGCUCGUCGCACUGGCGUUAAUGUAUCUUUUUCUGAAUGGAGCUGGUGGCUUUGGCUACAUGGUACAAGUCUCCCUGCUUCUCCAACUCUCCUCGAUCAAUGUCUUAGCUGUCUGAUGAGCCGACUCAUCAAAGUGGAACAGGUCAGUGUAUUUUUCAACUUAUUUAAAUAUGUUGCUUGCACAUCUCUUUUUAGCGAGGCCACGGUUUGUUGCUUUGUCGCUUAG